UCUUUCUCACUCUCGCUGUCUUGUUGACCUUUUCGCUCUUUCCUCGCCACGGCAGGGGUUUUUCGGUUUCCUCUUUGACCUCUUUGUUUGAAGCGUAGUUGAGCUCGUCAUGGAAAUGCGCCCAGUCAACUGUGUGUAACCAUUUUCGCUUCAUAGGUGGCAAGGCAUAAUUUGGAUAUCCGCCCAUGUUCGAGAGAGUCGUUUGUGUUUGUUUGUUUUUAUAAAGGAACAGCGGAAACUCUAGCAUGUAUGCUUGAAGAGAAAUAAUCAUCAUUUCUCAUGGAAUCUGACAAUGAUGUUGCCCUGGAUAUCAUCAUUACGAAUGUUGUGUGUGUUUUUAGAACAAGGUGCCAUUUAAAUUUAAGAAAAAUUGCACUUGAAGGAACAAAUGUUAUCUACAAGAGAGAUGUUGGGCAGAAGGUUCUGAUGAAACUAAGGAAACCAAGAAUAACUGCAUCAAUAUGGUCAUCAGGGAAAGUUAUUUGUACUGGUGCAACAAGUGAAGAAGAGGCUAAACUUGGUGCUCGAAGACUAGCUCGUAGUCUGCAAAAAUUAGGCUUUAAGGUGAAAUUUACUGAUUUUAAGGUGGUUAAUGUAUUAGCUGUAUGCACGAUGCCAUUUGAAAUCAGACUUCCUGAGUUCACAAAAAGCAACAGACCUCUUGCCAGUUAUGAGCCAGAAUUGCACCCAGCCGCAUCUUACCGAAUUAAAAAUCUCAAAGCAACCCUUCAAGUCUUUUCAACUGGCAGCAUCACAGUAACAGCACCAAGUGUACAGUUUGUGGCAACUGCUGUUGAACAGAUCUAUCCUCUUGUGUUUGAAUCCAGGAAGACGGCAAGAUAAGGAAACAAUUUGUUUUUUUAAACCGAAGCACCUUUUGUGUUACUGCUGGAAUUAAAAAAAAAAAAAAAGAAGAACAGGAUAAUUAAAGAGGACUUGGGAUUAUCUCUUUGCACAUGUUCGAGGCAGUAAUACUUUUUUUUUUUUCCUUUUACUGUUUACAUGAUAUAAUAUUGCUGCUUUUAAGGAACGUGCAGCGUAAUGUUUGUUUUCAAACAAGCUGCCCAGUAUGCACUACAUGUAAAAGUAGCUCUCGUUUUUUAUAUCCUUCCUUCAUUUGUGUGUUUUAUUGGCGACGAGCUCUGGAUUUUAUUUCGUGAAGGCCAAAGAAGAAAAACUUUUAGAAUUUGUUUUUAAUCAGAUAUAAGACAUUAAAUCUAGCAGCAUAUCCCAGUGUUCCUCUUUAUGACACCAGAGUCUGUUUUUUUUUUUGUUGUUUUUCUCUCUUUUCCAGCAGAAGCUUUUUGUUGCAGUAUGUGCUUGAUUAAACAUUAAAAUGGUUUCAACUGUAAUUACUUAUGAAAUGGUGGCAGUGCUUGUGAUCUUUUUGUAGCAGUGUUUAACUUUUCUUCUCACGGGCUGCUAGCACACAGAAGAAGAAAGGAAAGUGUGCUAAUAAAGAAAAUAAUGUGGAUCAACACUUUACCAUCAAUAUUAAUAAUACAUUUUGAAAUGUUUCUGUGAGUUGCAACCUAUGCAUAAGAUAUGUGGCUGGCUUUUUCUUUUUUUCUAUGGUUAGAUUUGGGGGAAACUAUAGUGUACCAAGUAGUUUUGUCACCUUGCUGGUGUUCUGUAUGGAGUUUGCAUGCCGUUUAAAGGCUUGCUUUAGUUUCUUCGAAAAAUUCCAAAGAAAUUAUCAUUUACUGAAUAACAAGGCUAAAGUUAGGCGUUGUUGAAGCAAUCCCUUCACUAAUCUAUGCUCCAGGCAGCUACUUCAUAUUUUGCAGCAGUUGUCAUCAGUUUAGGCGCAGGCACCUUGUGGUUCUAAAUUGGAUGAUGAUAGUUUGGUUAAUUACCAACUAUUCCCAAUCUGUGACUGGUUCCUGCCCUUUGUGAAUGGAGGCAUGUCAGAGCUCAUAUGAGAACACUUUAUAAACCCUUUGAAGCUGAGUGUUAGAUUAUGAGACCUGACAGCUCUCAAGUUUUAUUUUUUUUUUUUUGUUUUUUUUUUAAACAGGUAAUGAAAAAUAAGUCAUGCUAAUAAGUUGUGAUUUUCAUUAAUUAAGAGCUCUAUUGGAAUUGUAAAAAAAAUAAAAGGCAAAAAUUAAAAAACGCUGCCCACUUUGUUCCUUGUAAAUAUACAUGAAUGGUUUAUUGAGAGAAGAAACAGUGUUUAAAAGUGAAUGCCUCAGCUGAUAUAAAUGCAGAUAUUUAUAUUUUAAAAUGUAUUGUCACAUUUUAACAAAUGACAAAAAGUAAUGGAUACUUCAUGUUGAUGAGUUGCGCUAAAAUAUUAUGUAAGUUGUUGGAAUGUGAAAAGGGUAUGCUAAUCAUUUGUGUGUGAUGUAUAUAAUACACAAUAUUAAAUACUGUAUGUACAGCAUGUGUGUGUAAAUAUACACACGCAUAAUUAGUACCUAAAAAGUCAUUCUUUUCAUAUUAAUUGACAUUAGGAAAUAUUUUGCAGCUUGUUUACAAUGUCAAAAGUGGGGGGGGGGACUUUAACUGUACACUUGUCUUUUGUAUUUUGUACAUUAAAUAAAGGAUAAUGAAAAGGA